AAUUCCCCUGUGUAUCUGCAUCUUCCAGUUUUCACACGGAGCAAUGGCUUCCCGUUCCUUGAGCUCAUCCUCAUGGACAUCAAAGCAGAACAAGUCCUUCGAGCGGGCGCUGGCCGUAUUCGACAAGGACACCCCAGAUCGCUGGAAGAAUGUGGCAGCCAUGGUUGGAGGCAAGACAGCAGAGGAAGUGAAGUGCCACUAUGACCUGUUGAUGAAUGACGUGAAGUCCAUUGAGUCAGGGCAGUGGCCACCACUGAGCUACAAAGCUGCUUCCUCUGCUGUCAACAACAGCAGCAAGGCAAAGGGCUCCUUCUUAACAGAUGAUGAUCACAGGCUUAUGAUGAAUCUGAAACUUCAACGUUAAUGAGAAGUUGACAGAAGCGGUAUACAAGAUCAAAGAGCGUGGCUUUCUGGUCGUAUAUAUAGUUGUGUAGUCUCAAAGAACAUGUAACUAGAAAACGUAUUCUCUUCCACAGGGAUAUUGGGUCUGUGAUUUGAUGUUCAAUGUAGUAAAGUUUACUGCAAAUGUGGACAAAAGGUAUAGAACAGG